AUGAGCGAGAGCCAGGUUCUGCCGCAAUUUCAUCGGUUUAUGUCGCAAGCGGUUUGAUUUGACGCAUAAACAUAACCCCAUGCACAAGGCAAACCGAGCUCCGAGGCCCAUAGUAUGGCCCACACCCAUUUCUUGUGCAACAAUUCAACUUCGCCCGUUUCAUCUAAAACCCUAAACCCUCUCCCUCUUCUUCUCCAACAGUUACUCCCAAACCCUCUCUCUCCCUCUCUCUCCCUUUCUAUCUCUCCAAAUGGCAGGUAACCAAGCAGCAGUCAUCUCUCUCCUCACCAAGAUGGGCCAGGCCGCCUUCGGCCUCGGCCUCGCCGCCACCGCCGUCAACUCCUCCCUCUACACCGUCGAUGGCGGGCAACGUGCCGUCCUGAUGGACCGCAUUCGCGGUGUUCUCGACAAGCCCGUCGGCGAAGGCACUCACUUCCUCAUCCCCUUCCUUCAAACCCCUAAUAUAUUCGAUAUACGCACCAAACCCCACACAUUUUCCUCCGUCUCCGGUACCAAAGACCUCCAGAUGGUCAAUCUGACUCUUCGGGUCUUAUCGAGACCCGAAGAGUCCAAAUUACCCGUUAUUUAUAAGGAAUUAGGCACCGAGUAUGAUGAAAAAGUGCUUCCUUCUAUCGGGAAUGAGAUUUUGAAGUCUGUUGUUGCCCAAUUCAAUGCUGAUCAGUUGUUGACCGAGAGGCCUAAAGUGUCUGCCCUUGUGCGCGAUAGUUUGACUACCCGGGCUAAGGAUUUCAACAUUCUGCUCGAUGAUGUGGCGAUCACCCAUUUGUCGUAUGGUAAUGAGUUUUCCAGGGCUGUUGAGCAGAAACAGGUGGCCCAGCAGGAGGCCGAGAGGUCUAAGUAUGUCGUGGCCAAAGCGGAUCAGGAGCGGAGGGCUGCAAUUAUUAGGGCUGAAGGGGAGAGUGAGUCGGCUAAGUUGAUUUCUGAUGCCACGAAGAGUAGUGGCAUGGGUUUGAUUGAGCUCAGGAAGAUUGAGGCCCAGAGGGAGAUUGCGGCGACUAUGGCCAGGAAUUCCGGUGUUUCUUACUUGCCUGAUGGGAACAGCAAUUUGCUUCUUGGACUUAGUCGUUGAUUGUGGGACAUAUGGCAUGGAUGACGGAGCUGUAAUAAAGUUACGGUUUUUCUCGGUGCACGGGAGAGAUCUCUGCUAUUUAGGUACUGAAUUAUUAGGAAGGAAUGAUCAGCGUUUGGGACUUGACUCUGUUGUAAUGCAAAUAUUAGUGCAUUGCCUUAAAUGACGUCUUUUGGUUGUUGGCAAACAUAUAUACUAGUAUGCUUGCGCGCUGCUUAUGGACAUAUUUUAUUUCUUUUUAGUUGAAGAUGCAAAUAAUUAAUCAUAUUUUUUGUGUA